AUGAGGAGUAGAAUGAGUUUAUAUGUUGCAGGGUUAUCUCGUCAGUCAAGCAAGGAAGGCAAGGCAGCUAUGUUGUUAGGGGAUAUUGACCUAGGAAGAUUUAUGAUUCAUUUAAAACAAGUUGAGGAGGAUAAGUUGAAGGAUAGAGAAGAGUCUAAGGAUAAGAGGGCUAUGAUAGUAGGGGAAGAGUUCAGGAAGCUAAAGAAUGAUGCCAACCAGUCAUCCCUUCCACAGAAACAGAAGGGACCUGGUUCACCAUCUGCUAGUGCACUUAUACCUGAGAACAAAGAUGGUGGUAGUGGAGAGCUGGGCAGUAGGGCCCAAUCUUCAUCAGUUGCUCCCCCAAACGGGAUGGUACCUAGAGGAGCUAUUUCUAGUACUGGCGGAAGAGCAAACCGCCUCUAUGCAAUCAAGUGUCAUCAAGAGCAAGAGGAUUCGCUAGAUGUUGUCACUGGUGGUGUUAACGGGUGCCAGUCACAUCUGGGGGGAAGAAGUGCAGACUCCCUAUCCCUAUAUUUUGGUGAGGAUUUAGCUCAAUGCCCCUUUGAGCAAGGUUAG